CUAAGACAAAAUAAACCCUAAUUCUAUUAUCCUUCUCCUCAUCUCAAACUCACGUCAAUUCAACCCUCUCAAAGCCUCCACCACCCACCCUUUUCUUCACGCCGCCGUUCAAGCUUUUGCUGCAGUCGUUCACUCUUUUGUUGCCGCCGUUCACUCUUUUGUUGCCGCCGUUCACUCUAUUGUUGCUGCCGUUCACACUCUUACUGCUGCAGUCCACGCCACCGCUGCUGCGAUUCAUUCCGCUGCUGCCGUUCAAGCCGCCGUUGCUGCCGUGCCCAGCCUCCCAUACUUGCAUUUCGUCCACUGCUGCUUGCCCCUAUAACCAAGAUAGCAGGGUAGUCGAGUAAUCAGCAUGACAAUACCCAACAAAACCGAUAGAACAAGGAAACAAUGCAGUGUGCUAGCAUUUACAGAUGAUGCAGUACUUCCUGUAAGUACAAUUGUAAAUGCAGUUAGGGAGCUUGGUAAUGAAGGAGCUGAGCAAUGUGAUCCUCAAGUUGUCACUCAGGCAUCAUCUCUAAGUAAGCUGCCAGUUGACUCUUCAUCUAUGGACAUCGUCAUUUCCAUCUGUAGGUCACUCCAAUUUCAAGGUGACUUCCUAUUUGAGGAAAUCUCAAGAGUGUUAAAACCUGGUGGGACUGUUCUGAUUUACAAGACUCUUCAGUCUGUUGCAGAGGGAACGAGUGAGGCAGUGCUUGCUCUUGAGCGCAAGUUGCUAUUGGCAGGGUUCUUAGAAGCACAAGGUCUCCAAUUGAACUCUCUCGAACUCUCUGGACUUGAUCAUUCUUUUGGGAUGAAAGCUAAAAAGCCUUCUUGGAAGAUUGGGUCAUCCUUCGCCCUUAAGAAGUCCACAAAAGGUUCAGUCAAGGUUAAUCUUGACGAUGAUUUGAUUGAUGAAGAUAGUCUGUUGACCGAAGAGGAUAUGAAGAAACCUCCGAUAGCACCUGGCGGUGAUUGUGAAGUUGGAAGCACAAGGAAAGCAUGCAAGAACUGCACAUGUGGUAGAGCUGAGGCAGAGGAGAAAGUGAAGUUGGGACCAACAAUGGAGCAGCUGAACAAUCCUCAAUCAGCAUGUGGCAGUUGUGGACUAGGGGAUGCAUUUCGCUGCAGUACAUGCCCUUACAAGGGUCUUCCACCCUUCAAACUUGGUGAGAAGGUAUCACUGUCUGGAAACUUCCUUGCGGCUGAUAUAUGAGGAUGAUGGGGUCAAUUCUACGUGUUUGGUGUUGCAGUUUUUUUAGACAUAUCAUAGUCUCUCAACUAAAUGAUGUUUUAGAUAUGAUUUGCUUCAUGAUUUGCUGUAGAAGUGCUAAACAUAAUCUGAUCUUCAAAUCAAACUUUAAAAUUCAUUAAAUAAAUAAAAAAAAAUUGAAUUAGGCGGCUCUUUGCCUUUAUCGACUCA